AUGCUGAUCAGACAGACGGAGAGAGGAGGUGAGGAGGUGAAGACUGAGAGAGGAGGUGAGGAGGUGAAGACUGAGAGAGGAGGUGAGGAGGUGAAGACUGAGAGAGGAGGUGAGGAGGUGAAGACUGAGAGAGGACGUGAGGAGGUGAAGACUGAGAGAGGAGGUGAGGAGGUGAAGACUGAGAGAGGAGGUGAAGACGGAGAGAGGAGAGGAGGAGAGGAGGUGAAGACGGAGAGAGGAGGUGAGGAGGUGAAGACGGAGAGAGGAGGUGAGGAGGACCGGAGAGAGGAGGUGAGGAAGACCGAGAGGAGGAGGAAGACCGAGGAGGUGAGGAGGAAGACCGGAGUGAGGAAGACCGAGAGAGGAGAAAACGGAGAGGAGGUGGAAGACCGGAGAGUGGAGGAAGACCGAGAGGAGGUGGAGGGGAAGACUGGGAGGAGGAAGACCGAGAGAGAAGACCGGAGAGGAGGUGGAAGAGGAAGACCGGAGAGGAGGAAGACCGAGGAGGAAAGACCGAGGUGGGAGGUGGAAGACCGAGAGAGGAGGAGGAAGACCGAGAGGAGGAAGACCGGAGAUAGUGGAGGAAGACCGAGAGGAGGUGGAGGAAGACCGGAGGAGGACCGGGAGGAAGGACCGUUGAGGAAGACCGGAGGAGGAAGACCGGAGGAGGAAGACCGAGGUGGAGGAAGACCGGAGGAGGUGGAAGACCGAGGAGGAGGAAGACCGGAGGAGAAGGAGUGGAGGUGGAAGACCGGGAGGAGGAAGACCGAGUGGAGGUGGAAGACCGGAGGAGGAGGACCGGAGGAAGACCGAGGGAAGACCGGAGGAGGCGGAGGAGGAAGACCGAGAGGAGGUGGAGGUGGAAGACCGAGAGAGUGGAGGAAGACCGAGAGGAGGAGGAGACCGGAGGUGGAGGAAGACCGAGUGGAGGAAGAGCGGGGUGGAGGAAGACCGAGGAGGUGGAAGACCGAGAGGAGGAAGACCGGAGAGGAGGAGGAAGACCGAGAGGAGGACGAGGAGGAAGACCGGAGAGAGGACGGUGGAGGAAGACCGAGAGGAGGAAGACCGAGAGGAGCGGUGGAGGAAGACCGGAGGAGGUGGAGGGAAGACCGAGAGGAACGUGGAGGAAGACCGGAGAGUGAGGUGGAAGACCGGGAGGUGAGGAGGAAGACCGAGAGGGAGGUGGAGAGGAAGACCGAGAGGGAGGUGGAAGACCGGAGAGGACGGUGGAGGAAGACCGAGAGAGGAGGAGGAAGACCGGAGAGUGGACGUGGAGGUGGAAGACCGGAGAGAGGAGGUAAGACCGGAGAGAGGAGGUGGAGGAAGACUGGAGGAGAGGAGGUGGAGGUGGAAGACUGA